UCAACCACAAAACAACUCAAGAACAUGAACUCAAAUGAUAUUCUUGUGCAAUGUGUGAUUGUAGUUCUCGCAAUUACUACAAUUUCUUCAAAUUAUGGGGAAAAUAAAUCCAAAUUGUUUGUGGAUGCAUAUGCUGGUACAAAAUAUGUUAAAUAUCAUGUAGCCGUUAUAAAUGGCUUGUCUAAUGAUAUUCUUGAUGUGCAUUGUAAAGGGGAUGAUGAAGAUUUACAUCUUCAACAUUUGGCAGUAAAUACAAAUUUUACAUGGAGUUUGCGCACUGCUUUCUUCUACAAAGUAAGCUAUGAUUGUACCGUACAUUGGGAGGAAGGAGGGGAAAUCAAAUUUAACGCAUUUAUAGACGAUAGUAAGUUCCUUGACUAUGGUUGCGGUGGGAGACAUUGCUUUUGGAAGACAACAGAUUUUGGUCUAUAUUUGUGGCAGAUUCAUAAUCGAACAUUUGUCUACAAAUAUGGGUGGCCAGGAAAACAAAUAUUAAGGGUUGACAACAUAUAUGUAAUGGUAUAAUUUUCGCAUUAUUAAAUUCUUGUGGU